CCCCCCCUGUCCAUGCAAGUGCUUUUUUAUGAGUUUGCAAGCACUGGGAGAUCUAGAGGGAGGGUCUCUGAGUGCAAGCAGAGUUUUUAUGUCUUGGUUUUCAUUCAGUGGAUGCUCAGUGGCCCUUUGAGCAGCUUGGAUUUAACUGUUGACCGGCUGGCUAACAGGUGGCCCUUUGGGGGAUACAGUGAGAGCACUGUGUGGGAGCGCUGCUGCACGCUGAGACAUUUUGGAGGACCGUUAGCCCGGAGCCAGCAGCAAUGUCGAGGAGGAUCCAGACGGGGUUGCUUCUCCUGGUUCUCUGUGCCGGGAGCUUGGACGCCUGGUGGUGGAACAAAGCUCCGGAGGCCACCACGGAGGCCCCGGCGGACAAGACGACGCCGGCAGGAACGACGGCCGCCGCCGUGACCACUGACAUCACGCCGAAGAAGGAAGAGGAGGAGGAGGAUGACAACUUGUCCGGGGUCGGGGAAGAAAUCCUCAACGUGGCCACGGGAAUCCGUAAGUUGGUCGAGGCGUGGGACGCAACCCCGGCCCCGACCGCCAGGACUACUAACGGAGGACUGACAGAGAAGGUGGAGAGCGCUAACCCUAACACCACGGGCAUCUCUUUGCUCCAGCUAAUCGGAGACCCGCCGCCGGAUGAGAUCGGCCGCAGCUACGGGCCGGGGGGAGAAACGGCCUACGUCUUCACCCCCGCGGCGGUGUCGGGCCAGCCGGCCCUGGCCCACGUCCCCAACCCUUUCCACCGCCACUUCUCUCUCCUCUUCCACAUCAAGCCGUCCACCCCCGCGGCCGCCGUCCUUUUCUCCAUCACCGAUGGGCCCCAGAGGCUCAUGUACAUCGGCGUCAAGCUCGGCGCGGUGCGCUCCGGCCGCCAGGCGGUGCAGUUCUUCUACACCGAGCCCGACUCGGAGGCUUCGUACCAGGCGGCCAGCUUCCAGGUGCCGAGCCUGGUGGACACCUGGAGUCGCUUCUCGCUCGCCGUCUUCGAGGAGCAGGUGACCUUCUACCUGGGCUGCGACUCGGAGCCGCAGGUGGUGAAGUUUGAGCGUUCGCCGGAUCCCAUGGAGCUCGACGCGGGCGCCGGGAUCUUUGUGGGUCAGGCAGGAGGAGCCGACACUGACAAGUUCCAGGGUGAGAUUGCAGAUCUGAGAGUGGUGGGAAACCCUCGGGCGGCCGAGCGUUUGUGCGACGACGAGGACGACUCUGACGCUGCGUCUGGUGACUUUGGCAGCGGCGACGGCGACCGGAGGCACACAGGAAACAUUGUGAAGACCACACCUGCUUCCCUCCGGCCGGUACCUGAACCCCCUCUGAUAUCCUCAACCGGAAGCAGACUCAAAGAAACAGACGUCAGGUUUCAGCAGCCGCCGGUGGACAGCAGCCGGCCCGGAUCGCCGGGCCCGAGAGGUCCCGGCGGCGCUAAAGGGGAGAAAGGCGACAAAGGAGCGAAAGGCUCAGCGGGGGACACGGGCCCCGCAGGGCCGAAGGGAGACUCCGGCUCCAGCGCCGCUUCCUCCGGUUCGUCCUCUCAGGGUGGAGAACGCGGACAGAAGGGAGAAAAAGGUGCAAAGGGUAGUUCUGGCUUCGGAUACUCCGGCAAUAAAGGAGAACGUGGGGCCCCGGGGCCUCCGGGGCUCCCCGGUCCCCCUGGUCCUGCAGCGGAGGUGGUUCGGCUCGGGGAUGGCUCUGUGGUGCAGCAGGUGUCUGGACCCCCCGGACCGCCGGGACCACCUGGGUCAGACGGGGCCCCAGGACCUGCAGGAACCGAUGGAGAACCUGGCGAUCCAGGAGAGGAUGGAAAGGCUGGUCCCGCUGGGCCACGAGGGUUACCAGGAAACGCAGGAUCUUCUGGAGCUAAGGGCCAAAAGGGGGAGGUUGGAGAGGGUCAACCCGGACCCAGAGGCCCCCCAGGUCUACCAGGACCGCCCGGACCGGGCACCGGGGACCGGCCCACGUUCUUUGACAUGGAGGGCUCGGGAUUCCCAGACCUGGACAAAAUCCUGGGUGCCCGUGGUCCUCCGGGCCCCCCAGGCCCCCCCGGCCCCCCUGGGGUCUCAGUGGCUCUGGGACCCAACGGUCCCGUAGCGUUCGGACCCCCUGGACCACCAGGACAGGACGGAGUCCCCGGUCUGCCGGGCCCCCCCGGUCCUCCCGGUAAACCGGGUCAACCCGGACUCAGAGGAGAGAAGGGGGACUCUGGUGAUCUUGGUCUUCCUGGUGCAGUUGGAGCAAAGCAAACCUCGCAAGACUCCAACUUUUUCACGGGCCUGUUUUCUUACUUUGCUCCAUCCUCUACGGGUGCUCAGGGUGAUCUAGGACCGCAGGGCACAUCGGGGCAGAUCGGGCUGGCAGGGCUUCCAGGUCCCAUGGGACCAGUUGGACCCCCUGGACCCCCCGGGCCACCGGGGCCACCGUACGGCGUCGGUCAUGAUGGCUACGAGACGAACAACGGCUGGUCUGGACUCAGUGGCCCACCUGGACCACAGGGUCCAGCUGGUAUCCCAGGGCUGCCUGGUAGGGCAGGUUUGCCCGGUAACCAUGGAGACAAAGGAUCAGAGGGACCAAGAGGACCUCCGGGGAUACCCGGUCUCGACGGGCUCACAGGACAGCCGGGUGAAAGGGGAGACAGAGGAGAGAAAGGAGAGAGGGGUCUGCCAGGGCGAGACGGAGUGCUACCUGGACCUCCAGGGCCUCCUGGACCUCCAGGACAAGUCGUCUACCAGACGAGCGAUUAUAAUGACCUUUAUUGGAGCGAAGGGUUGCAGGGAGGAAGUGGCGUUCCGGGUCGACCUGGAUUCCCGGGGCCCUCCGGACCAAAAGGAGAAAAGGGAGACUCGGGUCCUCCAGGAUAUGCACCUAAAGGGGAGAAGGGAGAGCCUGGUAUCGUCCUGGGACCUGAUGGGAGACCCCAGUACCUCGGUGGUUUGGCAGGACGGACGGGCGAUAGUGGACCCCCUGGCCCUGUGGGACCUCCAGGUCCUCAUGGUCCCCCCGGCCAUAAGGGAGAGAUUGGAUUUCCAGGUAGACCGGGUCGACCCGGGCUGAACGGCGCCAGAGGAGAGAAGGGAGACUCAGGCACUGCAUCUGGAUCUGGUUACCCUGGUCCUCCAGGUCCACCGGGCCCCCCUGGACCUCCCGGAUCCUCUGUUCCCAGCGACAGACUCGGAGGAUUGGAUUCCAGAUAUUACCAAGCUCUUAAAGGAGAGAAAGGUGAUCGUGGACUACCAGGGACACUUGAAAUCCAAGGCGCAGGAGGAACCAUUGACAUUUACACGUUAAGGAAUGAGUUGAAAGGUGAAACGGGCAGCCCGGGCUACAAAGGAGAGAAAGGAGAACCGGGCGGAGGAUAUUACGACCCCCGCUACGGAGGGAGCGGAGUCGGAGCCCCAGGAGUGCCUGGACCUCCUGGUCCAAGAGGCGACUCAAUCGUUGGCCCACCCGGCCCCCAGGGGCCACCUGGUCAACCAGGAAGAGGCUACGAUGGGCAACCUGGGCCACCGGGGCCGCCUGGACCUCCAGGAGCAUCCUUAUCUGGAAGUUACAGGGGCACACAGACUAUCAAUAUUCCCGGACCACCGGGACCACCUGGAGUGCCUGGACUACCUGGACAGUCAUCAGGGGUGACGGUGUUUAGGUCUUAUGACACCAUGACAGCCAUCGCUAGGAGACAACCUGAGGGCUCUCUGGUGUACAUCAUUGAGCAAACCGAUCUCUACUUACGGGUCCGAGAUGGAAUUCGUCAAGUCCAGCUUGGCGGCUACAUUGCUUUACCCAGUGAUGAUGGUAAUGACGUUGCGGCUGUGGAGCCCCCACCAGUCAUCCCCUACUCCCCAGACCACCACUCCAACACCGACACCUCCGCCCACGACUCCCAAAGGCCCCCUGAGAGUCCAGUCCACCCGGGCUCUGGGCAUCAGUCACACCCGGACCCUCGAUACCCGACGCACCCUGACCCCAGAUACCCAACCCACCCUGAUCCCCGAUACCAACCUGACACGCGGUACCAGCCCGAUCCUCGGUUUCCAGCACCCACAGAUCCCAGGUUUCCAAGCUACUCCGAACGGGUAAAUCAGCCAGACGGUAGGUAUUCUGUCCACACGGGACCGGAUGCUCGUUACCCGGUCACCCCUCAGCGAAGACCACCUCCUCCCGUGCCCCAGACUCCAGUCCACCAUCACACCUCAGGUCCCGGGCUCCACCUGAUCGCGCUGAACGUCCCUCAGACGGGCGGGAUGCGGGGCAUCCGCGGCGCAGACUACCAGUGCUUCACUCAGGCUCAGGCCAUCGGGAUGAAGGGAACUUUCCGGGCCUUCCUGUCCGCCAAACUCCAAGAUCUCCACAGCAUCGUCCGCAGGGCCGACCGGGACCGUUUCCCAAUAGUCAACCUGAAGGACGAGGUUCUGUUCGACAGCUGGGAAGCCAUCUUCAAUGGCGGCAGGAUGAAGGACAACGUGCCGAUCUACUCCUUUGAUGGCAAAGACGUUCUCAGUGACGGCACAUGGCCAGAUAAGAUGAUGUGGCACGGGUCGACCGGCGGCGGGCAGGCGCACGGCGACAGCUACUGUGAGAUGUGGCGCGUGGGUGAGCAGGCGCUGAGCGGCAUGGCCUCGUCGCUGCAGAGCGGCAGCCUGCUCCAGCAGAGCUCCAGCAGCUGCUCCAACUCCUACGCCGUGCUGUGCGUCGAGAACAGCUACAUCGGCCACGCCAAGAGAUAGACACACACAUGCACACACAACACAUGCUUUUGUCCUCACAUACUUUUCUAUCUAUUGUAAAUAAGUUUUUUUCUUAGGUAUAAUUAGUUGAUGUUUGUUUAUGUUGGUGCUACACAGGACGAAACCACAUGUUGGACCUAAAUUAAGCUCAGGUGACGUACAGCAAAGGGCCGUCCACACCGAGAUCGAUGACUGUAAGCAUAACUAAUGGAUUCUGAUUGGCUGUCAGUGUUUCUAUUGUUCAUCAAAUCGCUCUGAAAGUGAUCCCAACGAUACCGUUCGCCACUGUCGUUGCCGUUAUAGUUGUGGUGUGGACUCCGCCAUCCACUGGAGUUGCAACGAUUUUUGAAAACUAUUUGUUUAUAGUUAUCGUUUUUUGGUGUGGAUGGCCCUUAACGCAGGCAACGGUGUGUUUCCAAAAGGGCCGUUUUGUUGUCUGUGAAUGGGUCAUGUAUUUGUUGUUUGGGACUCGUCAGCUCAUGUGUCGCUAUAAUGUUGAUAUGGAUAUUAAAUUAGUACGCUUGGUGCUGGUUGGUAAAGCCCAGUUUAAUUGAGAGGCGUUGGGAUUCAGAAACAAUGACUACGUUUACAUGCACAUAAUAUUCAGUUUUUUGCCCUUAUUUCGGAAAAGACGACAUUCCAACUAAGUUGUUUCCACGUCUAACGAAAGUGAAUAUUCCACUAAUAUGGGAAAAAUGUGUCAUCAUCAAUUUCUGCCGCUGACACGCUUUAUGGAAAGGAUAGGCCUUUUACAAAAGUCUAAAACCCUCUUUGUUUAAGCAGAAACAGCUUUAGCUAACUCCAUUUAAAUUAACAGCAUAUUUAGCGUGUAUAGAGCCAACACAUGUUCACAUGUCAAUCGGUAAACUAUGUCUUUAUUUCAACCAAAGCUGAGUUGUGAUGGUUGGAAAAAUGGAAAGUGGACCAAAACGGCUUUUCAUAAUAAUAAUAAUAAAUAUUGAAAAAUACAUAAUUGUAUUGAUGCAGUCAUCAACACAUUUCAGCACCCAAGAGCAGGAUUAACACAAGUUAUUGUAUAUGAAAUGUAUGUUUGUUUUUUUUAAACUUGUUUUCCUUUACACUGAUGUAAUCUGUAACCCACAGCACUUGAGUAAUAGCUUUUUAUUUCAUUUUGCGACUUUCAUACAUGGGAAGAUGUUUUCAAAUCGUAUUUUUAUCAGUAACAAAGGGAUAUUUAUUUUGUAUAAACCGUGCAUUUUCUAGUAUAAUGUGUGAUGUGAAUGCUUUCACAAAGAAUAAUAUUUCCAAAUGUAUCCAGCAAAUGUGCAAAGCCUACACAAAGAUGUGUAAUCCUUGAAAAAACGUUUUCUUUUGACAUAACGUUUGUGCACAUAGCAAGCAAACCCAUUUCUGUACAGAUAUCUGGAUAGGAUUCAGCCAUAAGUGUGUCUGUGCACUGUUGCUUUUUAUUUGUUUUUGCGUUUUAUCCAAGAACAGUAAAUGCACCGCAGCUAGCUUACAGUGGAGAGCAUACAAAACACUGGGGUCACACGGUCUCGGUCUAAAAUGGAGUAUAUAGUGACAUUUCAUGUGCCAUAACAAAUGCAGCAAGAUUUGUGUUAUCUGUUUUUCUCCUUGUGCGAGCAACAUUUUUGAAAUGUUGCAUCUCAUUGAAUAAACCUGUGUGGAACAUUGUCA